GCCGCCGCCGCCGCCGCCGCCGCCGCCGCCGCGCUGGUUGUUGUGGUUGUCGUGCCCGGAGCCGCCGCCGCGAUGCCGCUGGAGAACCUGGAGGAGGAGGGCCUGCCGAAGAACCCGGACCUGCGCAUCGCGCAGCUGCGCUUCCUGCUCAGCCUGCCCGAGCACCGCGGGGACGCCGCCGUGCGCGACGAGCUCAUGGCGGCCGUGCGCGACAACAAUAUGGCCCCGUAUUAUGAAGCCUUAUGUAAGUCUCUUGACUGGCAGAUGGAUGCAGAACUGUUAAAUAAAAUGAAGAAGGCGAAUGAAGAAGAGUUGAAACGUUUGGAUGAUGAACUAGAAGAUGCAGAAAAAAAUUUGGGAGAGAGUGAAAUCCGAGAUGCAAUGAUGGCCAAGGCUGAGUAUUUGUGUCGCGUUGGGGAUAAGGAAGGAGCUCUGACUGCCUUUCGGAAGACGUAUGACAAGACUGUGGCUCUGGGUCACCGACUGGAUAUUGUAUUCUAUCUCCUAAGGAUUGGAUUAUUUUAUAUGGAUAAUGAUCUCAUCACACGCAACACUGAGAAGGCUAAAAGCCUGAUAGAAGAAGGAGGUGACUGGGACAGGAGAAAUCGCCUAAAGGUGUAUCAAGGUCUUUAUUGUGUAGCUAUUAGAGAUUUUAAGCAGGCAGCUGAACUCUUCCUUGACACUGUUUCAACAUUUACAUCCUAUGAACUGAUGGAUUACAAAACAUUUGUAACGUACACUGUCUACGUCAGUAUGAUUGCUUUAGAAAGACCUGAUCUCAGGGAAAAGGUCAUUAAAGGAGCAGAAAUUCUGGAAGUCUUGCACAGCCUGCCCACAGUUCGACAGUACCUCUUUUCACUAUAUGAAUGUCGGUAUUCAGUUUUCUUCCAGUCACUGGCGGUUGUCGAGCAGGAGAUGAAGAAGGACUGGCUCUUUGCUCCUCAUUAUCGAUACUAUGUCCGAGAGAUGCGAAUCCAUGCAUACAGCCAGCUCUUGGAGUCGUACAGGUCGUUGACACUUGGCUACAUGGCGGAAGCUUUUGGAGUUGGUGUGGAGUUCAUAGAUCAGGAACUUUCCAGAUUUAUUGCAGCGGGGAGACUACACUGCAAAAUAGAUAAAGUGAACGAAAUUGUGGAAACCAACAGACCAGACAGCAAGAACUGGCAGUACCAAGAAACGAUCAAGAAGGGAGACCUGCUGCUGAACCGAGUUCAGAAACUGUCCCGGGUGAUUAACAUGUGAGGCUGCAGCAAAGUGCAGGACAGGCAAGGGGGUGGGGGACACCUUCUGACGAUCUUGCUGGAAAUGAAGGGGCCCUUCUGUGAGAAGUACUUGGGAAUUUUAUAGUCCACUUCAUUGUGUCAACAAAUAAAAAUGAUAAGUUUUUGGUUUCAGUAUUUA